AUGGACAGGCUGAGUGUGGAAUAUGUAGAUGUUGAGUAUGUUUAUCUCUGUAUUCUUGUCCAUCCUGAUGAUGAUCCCUUGGCUCUCUACGAUGUCAAUUUUUGGGAGCUGCAUUACGACAAAAGGAAUGCCGUGGUGCAUCAACAUCAGGAGGCCGCCGCCCUUACGGUACUUCCGGGAAGGAGCAUAAUCUUUGAAUAUCUGGGCCCCAGAACGAACUUAACUUUAAGGGUAAUUCGAGAAAAAUAUCAACAGAAGAAAAACAUUAAAGAGUUAUCUGAUGAUCAAAAAACAAAAUUAAAAAGAAUUGUUGAGGCCGUUUUUGCUAAUAAGCUGGCUAUUGAAACAGUGGAAACUGGAUUGGAAGAACCUGACAUUGACGUUGAAAAAAUUAAAUUAAAUACCGGAAAACAUGAUAUAAAAAAACGCAAAAUAUCAGAUGAUAAUGACACUGAUGAUGAUGAUUCGCCUGUUGGGGUUCAUUGCAACCCUCUGCCUCUGCAGGCUAAAAAGAAGGCAAAAAUUUCUCAAAUUUCAAGUGAUGAGUCAAUUGAUUCAGAUGUCAAUCUUGAUGAAUCAGGUAUGUAUUUUUGUAUCCUUUAG